AUGGGGGUUGCGCAUGUCCGGCAGCUGUACGCCUUGGUGUCCGAGACCCUCCGCUACGCCCCGGUGCUGGAGAAGCUGCUGGCCGGCGCCGCGCUGCUGCAGGCUGAGAAGAAGCUGCCCCCGCCACUGGCGAAGGUGCUGGUGUACGACCUGCUCUUCGGCAAGGGGCUGAAGUGUGGGGGCCGCUUGAAGGCGCUGGCCCGGCGGCACCGGGCUCGGCUGGAGGCUGAGCUGGCCCGCCUGAAGGUGCAGCAGAAGGUGAGCCGCAACGAGGACCUGCUGGCCCCGGCGCAGGCAGCGAGCCCCGCAGCCUCCCAGGUACCGCGCUACGUCCGAGUCAACACCCUGAAGACUUGCGUGGACGAUGUGAUUGACUUCUUCAAGCGCCAGGGCUACUCCUACCUGGGCAAGGCGGCCAGCGUGGAGGAACUGAGGGCCCUCUCCGGGAAGAAAUUCUUGUUGGAUCUUCAUCUCCCGGAGCUGCUGGCUUUCCCUCCGCAGACGGACUUCCACGACAACCUGCUGUACACGUCAGGCCACAUCAUUCUGCAGGACAAGGCCAGCUGCCUCCCUGCCUUCCUCCUCGCCCCCGCUGCCGGCUCCCACGUCAUCGAUGCUUGUGCUGCCCCUGGGAACAAGACCAGCCACCUGGCUGCCAUCCUGAAGAACAAGGGGGUGACCCGGCUGCCGGGGGAGGGGGCCGCCCCGAGCGCCGAGCGGCUGCAGGCACUGGCCGGUUUCCAGCGCAAGGUCUUGAGCCACGCUCUCAGCUUCCCGGCUCUCUGCCGCUUGGUCUACUCCACCUGCUCGCUGCACCGGGAGGAGAACGAGGACGUGGUACAGGCCGCGCUGCAGGAGUGGGGCUCGGCCUUCAGGCUGGUGAACGCCUUCCCUUCCUGGCCCUGCCGAGGCCUCGCCGCCUUCCCCGGGGCGGAGAGCUGCCUCCGCGCCUCGCCUGCAGACACCCUCACCCACGGCUUCUUCGUGGCCGUCCUGGAGCGGCGCGGGGAAGGGGCGGCUGCCCCCAGCCGCUUUCUGACCCCCAAGGACGCGUUUGCCCAGGCCGGCUCCUCCCGCGCGGGUCUGCGCUGCUGGAGCAGCCCUCUGCCCCCUCGGCUACGCGGGGCGGGGAUAAAGCCCCCCGCCAGCGGCGGGGGGGGGGGGCCCCCCCCGCCCGCCCCCCCCGGGGCCCGCCCCCGCACCCCCCGCUGCUGCUGCUGCUGCCAGCACCUUGACAUGUAA